GUUUUUUGUUUCCUUUCUAAGACUGAGCUCAUGUGCAUUAGUAAGGCAGUAUCCACAUAUUUCUCUGAAAACUUAAACAUGAAAUCUGACUAUGUUUGUGCUUGGUAAAAAUUUACACAUCUGGUUAGAAAUACAAAUGUGUCUAAUAAGUUUCUCAAUUAUUUCCCAGAAAAUUACAGUUUUGCUUUUUUGGAUCCAAUCACUUAUGUGAUUAUGUCUCACCUUAGCAUAUUUUUGACUGUUUGAUUUUAGCUUUCCUGUUUGGGUAUAAAAUUUUAAGAUCACUAAGACAGCCCCAAAACUAAUCUAUCCACUUUUGUCAUUCAGAGAUUUUUCUUGGUUUGCUUUGGGUCUUGUGAAGUACAUAAUUACUAACAUUGAUCAGGUUGUGGAGAUAAAACAUCAUUGUUGGUUACACUUCUUGGUCUUCAGUGGUUACAUAUUUUCUUAGAUUAUCACUAUCAAAAUGUAGUCUGUAACAUUUGACUCAAAUGUGCAGUUAUUCGCAGUUAUCCCCCCUCUCUUUAUUCUACAGCUUCCCCUAGCCGAAAAACAAGCUUUAGUUUUAGCCUGAAAAAUGUUCCCUAAAAAUGCUACUGUGGCACAUUUUUCACCAGAGCAAGUGACUGAGAUCAGCCUGUUGAUUAAUUUAAUGGACUGAAAGACAAAAAGCUCUCGUUAUAAAAUGGCCUCCGCAGUGUACCUUUUAUGUAAAAUGUUUGGUUAUGUUCAUUUGCAUUCUCAGUUUUCAGGUUUUCCCCUUUUCUGACCUAUCCCUCUAAAUCAGAAAGCCACACCUAUUUUGUUUUGAAAAUUCAUUUGGGGGUGGGGGGGAAUCACUGAUGUCAGGAGAAUGGAUACUGCCUUGUUUUUGUGACAUGAAAUCUAAAUUGUUAUCUUUUAGUGUGAUUUGAUAUUCUGUUUGGCCAUUUGUCUUUUAUUUUUCCAGCUAACUGACCGGGUGAGUACAGGCCUGUUUCUCUAAUAAAUAAUAUAUGUAUUUGCAAGUUUGAGUACAACUUUUGCAAAUUGCUGAAAACCGGAAUUGUAAACACUUUGUCACCAGAGUAGAGUCAGGCCAGCCUGCAGUCCUUCAUAGCUUUGCUGCCUGACCAGGCUCUAUACUGUUGGCUGCCCAACUUCCAAAUUUCUCAUUGUGACAUCCCUAAAAUUUAUUAAUAGACUAUUUCAUUAUGGAAGUUGGACAAGUCCAUUCAGCAAGUGGAGGGUGUAAUCACAUGAAUGUCAUGAACAUGAAUGUCAGAAUGUCCUCCAGUUAAGGAUAUUCUGUUGUGUAUACAAGUAUUUUGUACAUAUUUGAUGGUAACAAAGUGUAAAAGAAGUAAUAUAAUAAUAGGCAGUGUUUCUAAUGUAAAGCUUUUGCAGCAAAUGGUAAAAACAUUGAAAUACAUAUAAUGUACAUAAUAUAUUCAAACAAAGCAUAAUGAAAAAAAGUUUUAAAAAAAAUUGUUUGAAGGAAAAAAAUCAAACAGUGACUGAUAAUGUUAUAGAAAUGGUCACUUGUUUGAUUUAUAUUUCUAUGGCAAACUGAGUUAUGUUGAUCAAAACUAGUAAAUGAUAGUGUUAUUUUUUCUAAACAUAAAAAUCAAGGUGUUUUCAAAAAAGUAAAAAUUUACAGGUAGGUAUGAAAAAAAAAUCACUGGAAAGAUGUCUUAAAAGAGAGGAAUAUCUAAAUUUACUUAGAACUCGUAAAAAGGUUAAAAAAUGUGGAGGUUGACUUAAUAAAUAGUGAUUUAUUUAUAAAUGUUCAGGUAGUGACAAUAAACAGGGGUAAAAACAUGACAAAAUAUAAACCAUAACAAAAACAUGGGGAAAACAGGAGUAAGCCAUGAAAAACCAUGAAUGAUAUGUUUAUGAACAUUAAAGUAGUGAUUAAUCUAUGAAAAAACCAUGGCAAAACCAUGAAAAAACAACACAACAAAACAAAACCAUGAAAGCAAAAAUAUUCCAAGAUAAUGACAAAAUAUUACAAAAUUGUGACAAAAAUAUGACUAAAACUUAAAAAAAAACAUGAAUGAAAUACAUGGCAAGAACCAUGACAAAAUUGACAACAUCCAUGACGAAACAUUAAAAAGACAUGACAUAAACCUUUGUUAGAUUGCAAUCAUGGAAUAUUGUUGAUUUUUAAGUCAUAAAAAUGUUGCAUGAAUUUAAAGGACCCAAGAGCUUGUACCUUCUCAUCACCUUUUAAAGUCUUUGUUUCUGGUAGAAUUGUUUGAAGUUUUUAUAGCAUCUUCAUAAUCUUAUUUACUACACUAACUAUUCUCUUGAACUUUACACAUUUUCUCUCAUGAAAUUAUUAUAGGUCACUGACAUUGUCAUUGAGGCCCACAGAAUUGUAAUCUUCGAAAUUAGCACUCGCCCGAUCACCCUGGCGAGUAUAUAUUAAAUUCGGGCGACCAAAAAAUCCAAUUUUGCUCGCCUGCCUGGGGAGUAAAAUUUCCGAUCGCGAAAUUCAUUAUAGUGGUGUUCACCUGCACACUUUUUACUACGUCACUACUGUUUCUUGGCUUACUUACUUUAGCCUUGUAAAGCGAGUAAUUUAUUGGGAACCAACUUUGUUUAUGUUCCGUUUUCCAUUGUCAAACGACAAGUAUCGUAUCGUAGUAACAGUGAAAAAUGAUUUUCAUGUACAGCAGGGAAUAACAAUAAAAUAAAUUAUGACACAAGACUUAUGAUUUCCUUUUGUUUCUUUUAUUUACCUUCAGCAUUAAAGAUAAGAAAAAAACAUCAAAAUUUGAAAAAUUUAUUCGGGCUAAUAAAGUUGGUUUCGGGCGAGUAACUUCUCAAAUGUUACUGGCCCGAAUGGCCAGUAACUUCAAAAUGUUAAUUUCGAAGACUGGAAUUGUCCCUUAAAAAUCCUUUUAUCAAGAUAUUUAACAUUGGUUAAACCAAUAUUGUAUAAUAUCAUAGUCUAGAAAACUUUGAAAAGACAAAAUAUUACAAAUGUUUAUUUUCUGAAUAAAAAAUUAUCCGGAAUCAUUAAAUUCCCAAGGUAGAUAACUUACAUUAAAUUAUAUUCUGUAUAAAUUUGGGACUACUCUCCCUUUGUCAUAGCAAACUUCUGGAUUUUGAAGAGCGUGAAUUGAGGCUAUCCCUGUUGUAUGAUGUGGGGACAUUUGUAUAAUUCUGGUAUUUAGUUAACUAUGACCUUUUCUACACUGGUGCUAAACUAUCUACAGUGUGUAACCACACACGCACAUUCCUGCAUAUAGUUUAUGUUAUAUUUUGUCUAGUAAAGUAUUCUUUAAGUGUUUUGGUAUGUAUAUUAUACUCAAUACAGAGUUGAUACAUUCAUGCUUUUAUAAUGUUAAACUUCCACUCAGUACUUCCGUAGCACUAUUUUUUUCUUCAUCAUUUUGAUUUACUACUGCACUAUUUUACUGGAGCAAUAAAAAAACUACUGGCAAAAACGAUUUUAUAUGAUGCUAUUGAAAGUUUAUUUAUUUGUUUACAUUUAUCUGAAUUCUGAUGGAUUUAGUUUGGAGCUUGAGCUUGGCUCAGUUAAUAUAAAUCAUAUAAAUACGGGGAACCAGGCAAUAGGAAAAUGUUGUGUUUUGGCAUAGGGUAUGAUUUUGGUUGAUGUUUGAUUGAGAUAGGAGAUAAGAAUACAGGAACCAGCUGUGUGUUCUAAGGAAGCUGUGACCCGGCUGCACAUGUAGAUUAUACUGAAGUAUUUUGAUUGGUUUACAGCUGGUUUUGGGUAUAUACAUGUGUUUAGAGCGCAAUGAUACUGUGCCAGGAGGCUUACCUGUACACGGAGGAAGUGUAUGCCUGUCUGUCUAGCAGGCAAUAACAAGAAUAUCUUGACUGGAAUGUUCUAACUUUGUGUAGCAAAUACAAAGUGAUUAAUGGAAUAUUACUCACAAAAGUUUUUGGAAAGUUCAAGUAACUCUGUAGGCUGUAUUGCGUAAAAGAAUUUUGGAGUAUAUAUAAAGUGUGAAUAAAAGUUAUGUUACUAUGUCUUAUAACUUUACAACACUUUGUUGUGUGUAAAUGGAAGAUUAUUUAACCAAAAAAACAGUUCAAGGUGACUUCAAGAAUUGUAUCAAAUUGAAAUUGGAUUAAGUCAGGUUUUCAUAUAAAAAGUGUUGUUUCUAAGUGAAUGGUGCUGGUAUUUAACGUUCUGUUUUCUUUUUCUUUCAAAUUAAGCAGUGGUGGGCCUGUGCAAUAAAGACCAACUGUGUAUAUUAUAUUUGGUGGAGAUAUCUAAUACAUUCAUAUUUUGGAAGUAAAGACCUCUGUCUGUGAUAUUAUAUUAAUAUAAUGUCUGCGUGCCUAUAAAUAGAAUCAUUAUCUGUUCACAAUUAUUAUAGUUUACGAGUUUAGACAAAUUUCGAACAUAAAGUGCACAUUCCGUCAAGAAAGAAUUCGAUACUCGUGUGGAGGACAGAAUUAGCUUAGUCUUCCAAUAGCAAAUUGAUAUUUAUUGAGUGAAUUAGAUAGUUUGAUGUGAUUGUUGGAGAGAAAAUUUCACCAUUCUGUCUGUCCUUUGAUUUGCUUCUUACAUACUGAAAUAAUUCUUGUUUGAUUUGCUACUUCCGUACUGAAAUAAUUCUUGAUUUUCAACAAUCUGGUCCUCAGAUGUUUUGUUACUGAUACACUAGAACUAUUUUAUCAAUUUAUCUUCGUAUUUAGAUUAUAAAUCAAGUAUUUGUUAAAAGAGCAGAAAAAAACCCAACAACAUUAUUAGGUAUACAAAAAAAGGCAACAGUUAGUUAUAAUUAGGUUAGAAUACAAUGCGAGUUGACGUACUGACUACGCCUGGAUUAAAAGCAUGGGCUACGAUGCCUGCCACUGAAACAAGUAGACUUAAUAAAAUCAGCGGUGCUGAGUCUAACGGGGUUAGUGAUUAUUCUCGCACCAAUAAUGGUAAUAAUGGCUGCCGGCCAAAAGAUAGACACAUUAAACGUGGAGAUGAUAAGGAUAGAGGGAGUGGGGAUGGAGGUCAUAAAGUUCUCGACGAUGAAGAUGGUCAUCUACUAUAUCAAGCCGGGGACAUUCUUCAAGCUAGAUAUGAGGUAUUGUCUACCCUUGGUGAAGGAACAUUUGGCAAAGUUAUUGAAGUUAAAGACUCUCGCAGAAACAGUGAGCAUGUAGCAUUAAAGAUUAUAAAGAAUGUAGAGAAGUACAGAGAAGCUGCCAAGUUGGAGAUUAAUGUACUAGAAAAACUACGUGACAAAGACCCAACUGGGAAAAAAUUAUGUGUUCAGAUGUUAGAUUGGUUCGACUAUCAUGGCCAUAUGUGUCUAGCAUUUGACAUGUUAGGUCUCAGUGUAUUUGAUUUCUUGAAAGAGAAUAAUUAUAUUCCAUAUGACUUGGAUCAGGUUAGACACAUAUCAUAUCAGUUGUGCUAUGCAGUACAAUUUCUUCAUGAAAAUCGUCUCACUCAUACAGAUCUUAAACCUGAAAAUAUCUUAUUUGUUAGCUCAGAUUAUGAUACCACAUAUAAUGCCAAAAAGAAACGGGACGAAAGAUAUAUAAAGAACACAGACAUUCGGUUGAUAGAUUUCGGGUCGGCAACAUUCGAUCAUGAACACCACAGUACAAUAGUUUCUACACGACACUACCGAGCUCCUGAAGUGAUAUUAGAGUUGGGUUGGUCUCAGCCAUGUGAUGUAUGGAGUAUAGGUUGUAUAAUGUUUGAACUCUACACAGGGUUUACACUAUUCCAGACACACGAUAACAAGGAACAUUUAGCCAUGAUGGAACGUAUACUUGGAAGUCUACCUUACAGAAUGACGAAAAAAACAAAAAAACAAAAGUACUUCAAUGAUGAAUACAAACUGGACUGGAACACACGUAGCUCAGCAGGGCGGUAUGUCAGAGAUAAUUGUUCACCACUCAAGCGUUAUAUAAAAGACCCAUACAAUAAAGAUCAUGAAGACUUGUUUAAAUUGAUCGCUGCCAUGCUAGAAUACGAACCAUCGAAGCGUAUCACUCUAAAGCACGCCCUACGUCACGACUUUCUAGUCCCUUACUACACAUCUAGCCGAGAUCGCUCACACCUGCUACAGGACAUCGAUGACAAUGAACCUCGGAAACAACACGGUUCACGAUAUAAUGACUGUACUAGCAGCGAGACUAACGGCAGUACUUGAUAAUUACACUGGUGCCUAGCCUCUGUAUGUCCCUCAAUGUUUACAGGGUACCGGUAUAUACUUGUACCCCGAACUAAUUUUUAGAAUGUGUUUGUCUAGUGGUAAACUGUUGCUAUUUUGGUUGAGUUUAUAUGUGUUACUUUUUAAAAGUAUUUUAUAUAAGUAAUGUUUAAACCUUGUUUGAACAUAUUUUAAACAUUAUCAGUAUGAUGCUGGGAUGGUAAACAUUCUGGUGUGAUGAUUUUUUUCUUUUUAUCAGGUUUAGUGCUUUAUAUAAUUCCUGUAACACAUACUUCUCACCUACAUACUUUUAUCCUAAUUCACAGAAAAACAAGAGAUUAACACUUGAUUAUGUGUAUACAAUACAAAUACGGAAAAUUUCAUAAAUAUUUCAUGCCUUGUACCUAUAUAUACAAUGUAUAUUGACAUAAAAAGCUCAUUGUGAUGUGUGCAUGGUCAGUUAUUUGUCGUGUAUCACAGUGUGGCGAGGGUUACUAUGGUGACCAAAUACUAGAUUAAACCAAUGCCUACAUUCUGAUGAUAUUAUAAAUUUCUCAAUGUUUUCUUUUUAUGGUGCUAUAUAUAUAUUUGUGUAUUUGUUUAAAAUAGUCGCUGCUUGGGAAUGAAUCUUUUGUCGAAAAAAAAAAAAAUCAAGAAUUUGCAGAAAUGAUCAUGAUUUUUUUUUUGGCAAACACAUGUUCAUUUACUACAUAUUGUAUAACUCUCAAACUUUUACAGGAAAAAACUUGUAAUGAUGACAAAUGUUAGCACAUUGUAAAGAACAUUGGUCAUAGUAUUCAUGAGAUUUUACGAGUUUAUUUUAAUCAUAUUUAUGCCUAGAUCACGUGUAUAUAUGAAAAAAAUUUGCUAGAUUUUAGAAUGGGAGGCAAAUCAGGACAUUGUUAAAUUCUAGAAAGGGAGACAAAUAACCUUUGAUUAAACUGUUUAGAAGGGGAGAGAAAUCCCUGCAAUAUCAAUUUUUUUAGAAAGGGGAGGUAAUUAUAUAGAAUAAUUGACAAAAUCAAAAUAUUUAUUUACAUAUGUAUAUUAUUUUUCACAUAUGAAUGUGGGGAAACAGUUCGAGGUAUUUGUAUGAACAUCAGAAUGUUGUUGUGAACAUAAUCUUUGUUGUUGUUGUUGUUGGUACAUGUUCUUCAGUCCUGAAAUGGUGAUAUUUUUGCAGGUCUAUGUCUUUUGAUAAAUCUUCUAUCAUGAGAAUUUUUAAAAUUCAGUAACUUAAUUAGUUAUGUAUGGUUUUAAGAUUUAAACAGAUUCCAAAAGUAACGUUUAGUUUGUAAAAAAAUUUGAAUAGCAUAAUCUUAUGCCACUGAAAUGUGGGGCUCUGAAAGACUGUACCUUUUUAAAAAGAGAUGAAUUUUUUAUAUGGAAAUAAAAAUUUGGCAUAUUGUUAGGAAGACAAACUGGCUUAAGUAUAUGGAGAGCAUAAAAAAUGAAUGUAUUUACAGUAAGUUAAAACACUAUAAGCCAACCUUUUGUUGAUGUGCUUGAAAAUAAUUUUAGGGUUAAAGUGGACUAUGUUAAGGGAAUGGAUAUAACCAUAUUUUGUAAAUAUGUAAAUCUUUUUUUUUUCUUUUUUGCUUGUACAUAAUUGAAAUGAUGAAAUUGUUUUUAUUUAUACAGUGCAAUUGGCAGGCAACUCAGAGUUUGUGACAUUUUUUUUUUAAAUUGUUUAAAUGUGCUUUGUGUUUUUUGUGGCAUGUGAAAGAGUGGAAACAAAUUUUUUGGCACUUUACUUAAAACAGAUAUUAAACUGAUUGUUAAGAAAAUAUUGAACGUAAGAUGUGCAUAUGAUUUUAUAUGUGUUUAGAAGAUACGGUUUUCUUUCAAUAUGAUAAUAUGAUGGUAAAAUGUUGAUGGAGCGGACUUUAUUGUAUGAUGUUUAAAAUGGCGGACUUCAACUUAAAAUGAAGAAUGUAUGGAGGUGUAAAACUGUAGUAUAUACAUGACAUUAGAGUUACUUUCUGUCCGUACAGCAUAUGUAAACUAAACCAGCAUAUGAAAACCGUGCAUAUAUUUUCUACUGCACCCAUGUAUGAACUAAGGUUUGCAAUAUUUAUUCUAUAGUAUUUUAUGAUAAACAACAUGUACUCUUCGCGUCAAGAUAUUUGUGUUGCAAAAUUGUGUUUUUGAGAAUAAGUACUGUGUGUGUAAGAAAUGUUUUUUUUUCUUUUUUUCGGAAAAGGAGUUGCUCUUAUAUCAUUAAAACUAUUUGAAAUCAG